UUUCCAGACAUCGCAAAUAUCCGUUUUAUUUUUAGACGCAUUCACAAAAGACCUUUGAAACGGAAAUUAUUUUUAGAAAUACGUCAAUUCUGUGAAGAAUGGGCGGGUGUAAUCUUGAAUAAUCGAAAAAUUUUCAAAUUUAUAAGUGUCUUAAGAUUAAUUUAUGACUCAAAAUUUGGUCAAAGUUUCUAAAGAUAAUUUAUAGUAAUUAGAGACAUGGAGGAUCUUGAAAUCAUUUAUAUUGAGAAGUUUCAGAGAUUUAGUAUCAUUAACUUGCUCUAGAUGUACAAAGCACUCUUUAAAGGUUCUUUUAUUUGUUUAUAUUUACAGCUCUGAAAAAGAUGAAGUUUACUAAAGAAGGAAAUAUUCUUGUGUUAUUUUUGAUAAGCACACUAUUAUACAAUGUUGACUGCCGUCACAUCCAAGAAAUCUCACAAACCAAACAGAGGGAUAUCAACUGUUUGAAGACUAACAUCGACGACUAUUUGGACAAUGUUUUGAAAAGAGCUAGCAAAGAGCUUCCAGACCCAAUGAGGUUGCCACCAAGAUCAGCUGUUGUUGAUUUGAAGGAUGGACUCACGUGGGGUUUGUCGACGCUUGCAAAGCUGGGAAAUGCAGUUGUUGAUUGUGAUGGACAGAAUAUCACACUAAAAAUCAAAUUGACAGUCGAGGAACUAAAAGGAAGGUAUACGUGGAUUAAGGAGACGCGUAGGAGACACCGGGAAGGAUAUGUCACUUUCAUGUCAAAGGAUUUUGCAGCAGAUGUCAUUAUCACCAUCAAAAAACAUAACGGCGAAGUUGUCCAUCCUCAUCUUGAAAGACUUGAGAUCAAGAAGUUCAAAGACGUCAAGGUGGAGAUUACUGGAAUGGGACUCAUUUCUUGGGCAUUGGGAGAAAUCACUACCCUGUUGUCCGGUGUAUUUCAAAGAACAAUUGCUAGCGCUGUCCAGAGUCCACUUGCAGAGGCGAUUGAAAGGCAGAUGAGGGAUAUAAAUAUUGCUUGAAAUGUGGCCUUUUUUUCAAUGAAAAAAAUUAAAACCUAAACUUUUGAUUGAAACUUUUAAUACUGUCACAUUUGUGAAUAUUCGGUUAAAAGUAAUUCAGUUGAAAGGCUGAAGAAAAAUAGAAUUGUAAAUACUUGUAAAUAGAUUUUUAAAAUAAAAAGCAGUCUAGAAGAACAUAAAAGGUGUUUUGUAACCAUCACCCUUAAUUUAUUUUUUCAGAUUCUUCUUUCUGAAAAUUACGCAUAAAAAGUAUGACACAUUGGGCAUAUUGAUAUUAUCAUUUAUAAACAAAAAUACUAUUGAAAUCUAUUGCUUGAUAGUUUGGUGCAGUAUCAUGCUGCUUCUAAUAAUUGCCCUUUUACUCUAUAACUCUUCCCCUGGUCAAUCAAACAGGUUUCAAUGUUCUCAAUCUCGCAGUUAUCAGUAUCAAUUCGUUCGAUUUUAAUAGCGUUCUUAUUUAUUCCCCUAGCUUGAGGUAUCCAACUAGUUUCAAUAACUUUUUUUUUGCAUAUUAAUAUAAAAUCUUUUAAAACUAUUUUAUUUGUAU